CUUACGACCCUGGGAAAUCUCACACCUCCAAGCACUGUGUUUUUCUGCUGUGACAUGCAGGAAAGGUUCCGGCCGGCCAUCAAGUACUUUGGAGACAUUAUUAGUGUGGGACAGAGACUGUUGCAAGGAGCUCGGAUAUUAGGAAUUCCGGUUAUCAUAACAGAACAGUACCCCAAAGGUCUUGGCAGUACAGUGCAAGAAAUCGACUUAACAGGUGUGAAGCUGGUUCUUCCGAAGACCAAGUUUUCUAUGGUGUUACCUGAAGUUGAAGCGGCCUUAGCCGAGAUUCCUGGCGUCCGGAGUGUUGUACUGUUUGGAGUAGAAACACACGUAUGUAUCCAGCAAACGGCCCUGGAGCUGGUUGGCCGAGGCAUUGAGGUUCACAUUGUUGCUGAUGCCACCUCCUCAAGGAGCAUGAUGGACAGGAUGUUUGCUCUUGAGCGUCUUGCUGGAUCUGGGAUCAUUGUGACCACUAGUGAAGCCGUUCUGCUGCAGCUGGUGGCUGACAAAGACCAUCCGAAAUUCAAGGAAAUUCAGAACCUAAUUAAGGCGAGUGCCCCGGAGUCUGGUCUGCUCUCCAAAGUAUAGGAUCCUUGAAGGAUCGGGAUCCUCGACGGGACUGCAAGCCAGACAAGCUCUUGUCUCUAAUAAAACUAAAAUGUUAAGUAAACAGCAGUUCCUCCUUUGCAGCUCUUAGUAACACUUAACUGGCUAGACCAUUGGGUACAAGCAUUUAGUUAUGAUGUCAAGGCUUCAGGUGCUGCUUAUCUUCUUUGUUUCUUAAUGGGCUCUUAUUUAUUAAGACAAAUUACAAUGGAGGUGCCUGUUUUGUCUACACCAUAUACUCCAACCAUACCUUUCCAAAGUGCUCCCUCUGGUGAAGUUUUCUUAAAUUGUGCACUUUACAGAAAACAAACAAAAACAUCUACCAUAAUGAUUUGACUUUUCUAUUGUUGUGAAACAUCUGUUGUAAUAUUAGUGUAGACCCAGUGUUUUCACUUCACAGGCUGACUGGUGAAUGAUUCCUGGGUGAGAACUUACAAAUAGGACUCUGGAUUGUCACCUGCUUCUCUCACAGUGUAGAGUUGCUGACUGAGUGAGGUGCAUUGGUUUAACCAGAGCAGAUUAUCUUUGUGUAUCGGUCUUAAUGGUACUGCUUUUCUUACCAUCUUUGUGGAUUUUCCUCCUCUGGAUAAUGGUCUGUAUCAACUUCUUCCACUGGAUGUUUUACAUCCUCAUUGGCUAUUUUAAUUUUGUGAACAGACAGGAGUGGUUUUCAGUGCUGGGUAACUGAAACGGAGGGAGUUACCCUCACAUAAUGCCUUUACAGUCUUUUUGAGUGCAUCUUUUGGUAUACAUGGGAGUUAGUGGGGAAGUAAACACGAUAUAAAAUGUAGUUUUACAUAUUCUCAUAUUCCCCUUUGUAUUUUCUUUCCCUGCCAUUCAUACAUUGUUGCUGCUAAUGUCAUCAACAAUGACUCGGUGGGGAUAGGUAAUACUAUGGUCAUUGUUAACCCAUCAAUAAGUUUAUUUUCAUUUAAUACUUACAGUGUUUAAAAUAAUUUUUAGUGUGUGUUGUGAUAUGUGAAACAUUACUCUCUUUGUAUUAAAUUAAAGAAAGUGUAUAACUUGGGUGAAAUUUUGUUUCCCACAAGUACUAGUCAAAAGAAUUCUAGUGACUUUUCAGAGGUAACUGAUUUCAUAUUCGUAAUCCUACAACUCAUGGGAAUUUUCACAGGAGGAGAAUCCUUUGCAGGCCCAGAUUGAUGGAGUUGUUACAGGGGUUUCCUGUUGCAGGUGUAGAAAUGUAUUUUGUUCUUUGAGCUUUGGUAAAACACCACAGCCUGACUUCUUCAUGGCAUGCUCAGACAUUUGUUUUAGAGCAAUGGCUCUCAACCUGUGGCUCCCAACUCCUUUGGCGGUCAGGUAACCCUUUCACGCGGUUCAGUUAUCAGAUAUCCUGCAUAGCAGAUAAUUACCUCAUGAUUCAUAGCAGCAGCAAAAUUACAGUUAUGAAGUCACAAUGAAAGUCACUUGAUGGUUGGGGUUCACCACAACAUGAGGAACUGUAUUAAAGGGUCAAAGCAUUAGGAAGGUUGAGAACUACUGUUCUAGAAAAUGAGUGCAAAGAAACAUCAUAUAGUUAUCUACAUUUUAAAAUAAUUUCUAAUAAAUGUAAUCUAGUGGUUUUCAUACUUUUAUUAUCUGGAGAGCUUGUGAAAAUACUGAUUCUAGCUUUUUUUUCUUCAUUUAAAUAAAAAAAGGCAUUUCAAAAAAUCAA